AUGACCGACUCCGUCAUGGAGGUAGACAACCCUGGGGCUGCUAUCCAGCAGCUCCAGAGCGGCGAAAUCGAUGAAUCCCUCUACAGCAGACAGCUCUAUGUUCUUGGCCACGAGGCCAUGAAGCGUAUGGGUUCCUCUAACAUCCUUAUCGUUGGUUUGAAGGGAUUGGGCGUGGAAAUCGCAAAGAAUAUUGCACUUGCUGGUGUCAAGUCUCUUACUUUGUUCGAUACACAACCCGUGGCCAUCGGCGAUCUGUCCUCCCAAUUCUUCCUACACCCCGAAGAUGUUGGCAAACCCCGAGCAGAGGUGACUGCUCCUCGCGUCGCCGAACUGAACUCUUAUACUCCAGUCUCCGUCCACAAGUCUUUUUCAUUGACCGACGAUCUCACUCAACUCAAACAAUACCAAGUUGUCGUCAUGACAAACACUCCUCUCAAAGAUCAACUCACAAUUGCUGAAUACGCACAUGCAAAUGGGAUCUAUCUCGUCAUUGCAGAUACAUUUGGCCUGUUCGGAUAUGUUUUCACAGACUUCGGCAAAGAUUUCACGGUUGGUGAUGUGACCGGGGAAAAUCCCAUCAGCGGAAUCGUUGCCGAUAUCGAUGAGACUGGUCUGGUCUCCGCACUGGAUGAGACACGCCAUGGUCUGGAGGAUGGCGAUUACGUGGAAUUCGCCGAACUCAAAGGUAUAGAUGGAUUGAAUGGAACAGCUCCUCGGAAGAUCACGGUGAAAGGACCAUAUUCGUUUUCCAUUGGAGAUGUCUCUGGCCUGGGUAAAUACCAAGGUGGUGGUCUUUUUGCUCAAGUCAAGAUGCCUAAAGUACUCCAAUUUCAGUCUUUAGCGGAACAGAUCAAGAAGCCGGAUUUCUUGAUUUCUGAUUACGCCAAGUUUGAUCACCCUGCACAGCUCCAUGUAGGUGUACAGGCUCUGCAUGCAUUUGCUGAGAACCAUAAGGGCACCUUUCCCCGACCACACAAUGACCAAGACGCGCAAGAGGUUCUUGAGAUUGCUCAGAAACUUGCUAAGGAGAGUUCUGGGGAAGUCGAAUUGGACACCAAGCUUAUCACUGAAUUGAGUUAUCAAGCUCAGGGCGAUCUCAAUCCUACAGCCGCAUUCUUUGGUGGUCUGGCAGCCCAGGAAGUUCUCAAGGCAGUGUCCGGAAAAUUUACACCGAUUGUUCAGUGGCUUUACUUUGACGCACUUGAAUCUCUGCCCACGUCUGUUGCUCGAAGUGAAGAACUGUGCAAACCAAUCGGAUCAAGGUAUGAUGGCCAAAUCGCUGUCUUUGGUACAGAAUAUCAAGAGAAAAUUUCGAAUGUCAAGAAUUUCCUGGUUGGCUCAGGUGCCAUUGGUUGCGAGAUGUUGAAGAACUAUGCCAUGAUAGGUCUCGGAACAGGACCCAAAGGACAUAUCACGGUCACAGAUAACGACUCCAUCGAGAGGAGCAACCUGAACCGUCAAUUCCUCUUCCGAGCCAAAGAUGUUGGAAAGCAGAAGAGCGAUGCUGCAGCUGCAGCGGUGCAAGCCAUGAAUCCCGAGCUCAGAGGCAAAAUCACCACCCUGACUGACCGAGUUGGCCCUGAUUCAGAAGACGUGUUCAACGAGAAGUUCUGGGCAGACCUCGAUCUGGUUACUAACGCUCUCGACAAUGUGGAGGCCCGUACAUAUGUCGACCGAAGAUGCGUUUUCUUCCAAAAACCACUACUCGAAAGUGGCACACUAGGAACUAAAGCUAAUACUCAAGUUGUUCUUCCCCGGCUAACAGAAUCUUACUCCAGCUCUCAAGAUCCUCCAGAGCAGUCUUUCCCGAUGUGUACUCUUCGAAGUUUCCCCAACAAGAUUGAGCACACAAUUGCCUGGGCUCGAGACUUGUUCCAAUCAUACUUUGUGGGACCUCCGGAGACCGUCAACUUGUAUCUCUCGCAGCCCGACUAUAUCAAUACCACUCUGAGACAACAAGGCAAUGAGAAGCAAAUUUUGGACAGCCUCAAGGAUUUCUUGGUGUCUGACAAGCCCACCGAUUUUAAUGACUGCAUUGCGUGGGCUCGAAAUCAAUUCGAAAAGCAAUAUCAUAACGCAAUUGCGCAAUUACUAUACAACUUUCCCAAGGAUUCCAAGACCUCAAGCGGUGCGGAUUUCUGGUCAGGACCCAAACGCGCACCAACCCCGCUCAUCUUUGAUGCCAACGAUGAGACUCACCUUGGCUUUGUGAUUGCUGGCGCCCAUCUCCAUGCAUACAACUAUGGCAUCCAAGCACCCAAACUCAGCAAAGGCGAUUACGCAAAAGUACUCGACGGCCUAAUCAUCCCAGAAUUCCGGCCAGACGCCAAUGUGAGGAUCCAGGCGGAUGAGAAGGAACCUGACCCGAACGGGCCACCACCAACAUUUGCAGAUGACGAGGAGGAGCUGAACAAGAUUGUUGCUCAACUGCCGUCGCCCAAGAGUUUACCUGGCUUCCGCCUAACCGUGGUAGAAUUUGAGAAAGAUGAUGAUACCAAUCAUCACAUUGAUUUCAUCACAGCGGCAAGUAAUCUUCGAGCGUUGAACUAUAACAUCGCUGUCGCCGAUAGACACAAGACCAAGUUCAUCGCUGGCAAGAUUAUUCCUGCCAUCGCAACCACCACAGCAUUGGCGACUGGACUAGUCGUUUUCGAACUGUGCAAGAUUGUCGAUGGAAAGACAGAUCUUGAGCAAUAUAAAAAUGGCUUCGUCAAUCUCGCGCUGCCAUUUUUUGGUUUCAGUGAGCCCAUCUCAAGUCCCAAGGGCACUUACCAAGGCAAGAAUGGAGAGGUGACUAUUGACAAACUCUGGGACCGAUUUGAAGUCGACGAUAUCACCCUUACAGACUUCAUCAAACACUUUGAUGAUCUCGGGUUGAGUGUUACAAUGGUCAGCUCUGGCGUCAGUCUCUUGUAUGCUAGCUUCUAUCCACCUAGUAAGGUCAAGGAUCGUUUGCCUCUCAAGAUGAGCAAGCUAUUGGAGACGAUCAGCCGCAAGCCUAUCCCGGAGCAUCAGAAGAACAUCAUCUUCGAGAUUACUGCUGAGGACACCACUGAGGAGGACGUUGAGAUUCCAUAUGUCAUGGUGAAGUACAAGAAAUAG